CGACGAGAGCAAUCACCCUCCUUAGCCGCCUCCCACUCUCUUUAUUAAAUGCCACCCGCCCCCUCCGCCUGAUCUCCCUCCUCUCCCGCCCCCAUGGUCCAUCUCUCCGUCCUCCCCGCAAAGGGCAACCCCUCCUCCCGCUUCUUCCCCUUCCAUGGCUACCUCGGACUCACCCCCGUCCGCGUCGAAGGCAUCGUCCGCACCAGGCUAGACGAGGACCGCAAACCCCUCCCCGCAAAGUCCAUCUCCAUCUCCGUCCGCUGCUACGAGUCACGCGUCAGUCGUUCGCGUGGCACCGUGCACUCCGCCGUCAUCGCCGACUACACCGUGGUCCUCUGGACUAAACCCGAGUCUGCCCAGUGGGCAGAUGUCGGUGACCUCGAACUCCCGUUCAAAGUCUCCCUCCCCAAACGCGCUUCCGGCUUCAGCACCGCGAAUUUCCAGGUUUACCGAACCUUCUGGCGCGUCGAGGCUACACUCGAGCACGUACCGAUCACCGGCGUGGGUCAUCGCCUUCUGCGUUACUACGACCUUGCACUCAUUCGGUAUGAUGUUCCCUCAUAUCCUUCUCACCUACCCCCGGUCCCGCCAGCAUCAUCGCUCUACCUUCAGACGAGCAAGCCACGCGCGCCGGUUCUACGUUACAACAUCUCCACACCCUCCCACCCUGUCGGCCCGGACGACAUCAUCUUCGCAUCCUUGUCACUACAGCCGCUCGAUCGUAACGUCUCGGUCCGCAGUGCGACCCUCGUCGUCGAGCGCCGUAUCGACCUGCUGAACCCGUCUCCCUAUUCUUCGACUUCCGCAGGGUCGCCACCUCCCACGCCUCUGUGCGGCUCAUAUCUCGCCUCGGACGAAAUCCCGACGCCCAGCUCUAGCAGCUCCCAGCUGUCUUUCAAAACGCCAUAUGACUCUUCAUCUAAUCUUCUUUCUCCACAAGAGCUUGCCCUGUCAACAAGCUCAAGAACCGAGGGAUCCACUACCGCCUCGUCUUCGCUAUCCUUCCUCUCUUCCCCGCAAUCAUCUCUCCCGAUGCCAAUCAACAUUCCGCCGCAUCCUGCUCGGCAUCCUUCUGCCGCCCGAACUCUCACCGCCACCGACACACCAGCGAAGACUGUCACGUCUACAGUGACCACCACUGAAGGUUCCGGCUUCACCUGUGAAGCCCACGGCGUGUGGUCAAAGACGCUCACGUUGCAGUUUCCAACAUCGCGGCCGCAGAGCAAAUGGGCGCUUGGCGAGACGAUGCACAGUGAGCACGUGGCAAUUCGGUUCUUUUUGCGCGCGACCGUGCGCGUCUCGGGACCCGCGGGAUCAGAUUCGAUCGAGCUCGAACCGCGCGAGAUCAUGGUCGCGGCAACGAACGAGGCUGAGCGGCGUAUGGCGCUCGCGAAGUAUUCAGAGCAGCGGGAGAAUAUUGGCAGGAGCAAAUCGAAGAGUCCUUGGCGGGCACGGCACGAGCCGGCGUCACUAGAGGAGGCGGACGUGAACGCGAGGUCGCAUUCUGGGGAGAUCUCUUCCCGCGUGGUAACGGAGAAGGAGGAUGCCCAUCGACAUCAGCAUGAGAAGUACGGGCCGUCAUCGACAUCGACUUCAGGCGCGAAGGGCAAAGAACACAAGUCGACACGGCGGCCGCAUACAUCUGCUGGGCCGAGGGACAAGUCCAACAUUUCCUUCCUUACGCUCACGCGAAACGCACCGCUAGUGACGCCGGUGGAUGUGUCCAUUCCUGUGGAACAGCACAUACAUAUGCUUCCGAGCUCGCGUGGGCAUGUGCGGCACGGGUCUGGACCCGGGUCGAGCGAGAGCACGAUGGACCGGGAGAAGAGAGCGCGCGAUCGGGAAAGGGAGAAGGUGAAGGAAGACAAGAGGCUAAAGACUCAGGGUGGAGAGAGGGAACAUGUUCGCGCAUGGGAGGAAGAGCUCACCCGUAUCGAGGUACAGUCGAGGCGAAGCAGUUCGCAUCUCUUCGGGUUAUGGGGCCUUGGGAGGCGGAAGCAGCUCUCACAACGCUCGUAAACAGCUCGAGGAUCUUUGCCUUCUGCUACGCACAGCGAUAUCGCGGGAACCUCACUGGACUGGUGGCACUGGCAUUCAGCUCAGCUCAGCUCGGCGGGCCUCAUUAUCAUCGUUUCCGUC